UUGUGAGAAGGGAGCUGGCGGCCCUGGGAGACUCCAGGGCUGCUUCUGUGUCCUUAUUGCUGUGAGGCGGCGGCCAUUAUCCUGUGGGCUGCAACAAAUCCCAGGGACACACUUAUUAAAAUGAGUUCUACAGAGAGAAUAAGGCACUUCCUUCCUCUGGGGGAAGUUUUGUAUAAUUGUAUAUCUGAAAGCUUAGUGUAAUUAAUCUUUCCAAGUGUUCUGAAAGUACCACGAAGUUAUCAUUAUGUUUAAAAAGAAUUCAAGUAAUUCACAAAAGUGCGGGCACACAGACACGAGUUCAAUCCCCCCAAAAAACACACAAAACCGAAACAGGUAUAAUAGUGUGUGAUUGUGAUCUCGGCUCUGGAACAGCAAAGACGGGAGGAUCCUGGGGCAUCACUGGUCAGCCCCAGGUCCCCAAAACACAAAGCAGACGGCUCUUGAGGAAUGACAUACAUGUGCUUUACCUAAAUGGGUGCACACGCACACACUCAUAGGAAAGUGUGUUUGCUGGUGGGUUAUUUGUUAAUGCACCUGUCUGAUUCUUUUUAGAAUUCCACCAGAGUCAAGAAAUCUGAUGGCAAACCCAAUGAUGUCGGUGAACUCUUUACUGACAGCAGGACCACAGAGGGUCUCAAUGGUUCCCUCGCCAUUUGGGCCUCCAAUUGGGGACAGAGAUGCCUUGCCUUCCACUAUAGCUCCAACUGACCCAAGCCAAUUUUGUGUUCCUUCCCAAUUUGGAUCCUCUGGUCUCCCAAGUGCAAAUACGCCAAACCCACUGCCGGGUCACUUCUACUCAGGCUGGGGUAUUUUACCACCUGAACCCAUAAAGGCAGUGACCACAAGGAAUGAGAUGUUUGAAAGACAUCACGCUGCCAGGGCAGAAAUGGAAAUGUAUUCUCUUUACCAGCAACGUAGAAUGGAAAGAGUCAAUCCCAAAGGACUCUCUGGUCUGGGGAUACCACUCUUCUAUGGGUCAGGUUGUCUGGGUGGCCCCGCAGGUUUCCAGGGCAGGAGCACACUGCCAGCCAGUGAUGUGCAUGUGCACAGAAGCACCUUCAGACACCUUCAGGGAAACCCUGUUCUGCUAGCAACUAGACCACACUUUACAGAGUGCUGGGGCCAGAAAUACCGACUCAGGAGAGGUACCGUUUACCAGAAGCCUCCAGAGAUUGACACUGAGAGUUUCAAAAGUCAAGCAGACGAGAAAAGCUCAGGCCAGAUGCCCACGGCUCCCUAUGAAGAGGAAGAGUAUAUCAAAGACCCAGAAAUUGGGGUAGACAAUCAGCAGGAGCCAAGGGUCACUGAUGGAAACCCAACUGCGGUCCUCGCCAACCCCCAUGGAGAACCCCAGCCAAACCAGAGAAAACCCUCUUCCAUGGAGGCCAAGGCAUGGGAUGAUGGGAAGGGAGAGCCCUCCGAGCAGGGCUAUGAAGGCUGUGAUGAAAAGAAUGGAGUUUGCCUGCCAGCCUCCACCCUGCCUCUGCCAGGAACACAGGAGCCAGUUGCACUUCAGGAAAACCGUCCUUUGUCUGAUAUUCACAAGUGGACGGUGGAUGAUGUGUAUAACUUCAUCAGAAGUCUUCCAGGCUGCUCAGACUAUGCCCAGGUCUUUAAGGACCACGCGAUUGAUGGAGAAACACUGCCCCUUCUUACAGAACAGCAUCUUCGAGGCACCAUGGGACUCAAGCUGGGCCCAGCACUGAAAAUUCAGUCUCAGGUAUCUCAGCAUGUGGGAAAUAUGUUCUGUAAAAAACUUCCUUCACUUCCCUCCCAUGCAAGGCAAGCAUUUGAUCAGCCAGCAGACACAUCCCCUCUUUUGGCUAUUGGUUCCUGGAGAGAUGGAUUGAGCAUUCCUGGUUCCCAGGACAUAAUGAGUCCAGAAAGAGCUGAACAAGACGUUAUGAGAAAUUAAAAACACUCCAAGACACAGAAGUCCCUCUUGGUUUUCUAGAGUUCCAGAUGUUACCAGCCCCGUGCGAGGUCUUCCUGGGACCAGGUGGUGGACAAAGAGAGCAAAACCAAGCUCACAGAGUUUUCUUGGAAGGAUCUCACCCAACAGGCUUCCUGCCAAGCUGAAGCAAACCAAGCACCAAGGUUCUGAAGAAUUGCCCUUAGGAGAAAAUACAAAUGGGGAUGGGAAUUUACAAGCACCUUGCAAGCUACAAUCUGAUGACUCUGUGAGGAAAUUCUGAAGAAACUGAGAGCAGAAGCUGAAAAGGAACUCCUUCUCCUCCCUUCCAUCGCCCAACCAUGAUAGUGACGCAGGUGCUGAUGGGAGGAGGCUGGGCAAAACUGAGCACAGAAAGCACCUUAUCUCCUGCCAGCAACUGCUAGCCUGGAGUAGGCCCGAUGAGGGUGAAGUUCUGGAGUAGGCCCGAUGAGGGUGAAGUUUGUAUUUACCAGUGGGGUAGGGAAAAGUUAUCUGUAUGUAACAGGUCGGAACUAGUGAGAGGGAAGUGAUGAUUAAGGUGGCUGUGUACGCUCCAUGUGGAGUCCCAGUCUUCCAACUUAAUAUUUCACAGAAUGUCUCUAAAGGGACACACACACACACACACACACACACACACACAGGCAACAGUUUGAUCAGAGGGGACUGGCUGGCGAGCAUAGGAAGAAGUCUUAGUUUGAAAAUUCUGAAUUGUGAACCAUGAGAAUGUGUGUCUCACUCACAGAACAUUCUCCUUUGAAGUAAACAAACCCCAGCAGGAAGCCCUUAAGAUAGCCCACAGUCCCACAGUCUAGUGUGCUUGCCCUUGUAUACCCCUCCCCUGAGAGCAUGCUGGACCAAAGAAACCCACCUUCCUAAUGAAGCACACCUUUAGGGUCUGGCAGGGAUCACUCCUGUGGCUUCUAACCCAUUUCUAUGUCAGUUUCCCUCUCAAAGCAGCCCUAGGUAGAGAGCCUUGAGUGACUAGCCUUAACAGUGAACACCCCGGAGCCUGCCAACAGCCUCCUGCCUUUCUGGUAUGUGAAAACGCCGUCCACAGCCUAAUGCCAGCUCACAAGACCUUGGUCCAGGCUCCCUGCUAGGUCCUUGACCACCGAACUGUUGUCACAUGCAAACUUGUUGUUUUCAGUUGCUGCAGGGUCCUUUCACAGCCACGGAGAAUUGAAACAUAGAUUUAACUUAGUGACGCAGAGAGCGCAGUACUAACUCCGCUUUUCAUCUGGAAGGUGGACUCCCGAAGCCCUUUCCCCAGAGCUCUCACUUAGUUGUGUUUUGCUAAUUUGGUUUUUGUUUUUCCUCCAAGACAACAUGUGUUUUGUCUUAUAUAAAACUUAUUUAUGCCAUGCAUGUGUUCAUGCAGGCAUUAGUGUGAGUUUAGACUUUGAAACUGGAAAGAGCAAAUAGAGUUUGGAGAAUUAAGUUGAGGACCGUGGCCGUGUGUGGUGUGAGUGGAAAUGAGGAUCCUGGGAGUGGGAGGACAUUGGAGGGGCUCAUGGAUGGGCAAAGGGGUGGGGGAGAAUCAGCACAACAGUCUCUGCUUGAAAAUCUCAGCAUCAAAACUAAUACCACGUAUGAUAAGUUUUAAACUAAUUUGUAAAAGCCUGUCAUUCCAUCAAUGCUUGCACAUUUCUAGCUUAAGCUCCUUGUCACUUUGAUGAGGGUCAGCCAGAAAGCAGAAAAUCCCCACAAGUUUCACAUUUUUAUUAAUUUUUCCUAAGAUGGCAACAAGCUGGUGGAUAACAUGUGUCAGGGUUCUGAUUAAAAGUAACUCUCAAAAU